GGGCAAAUACAUCCCAGACCUCUCCACAGUGGGCCAACCUUUGUACGCACUCUUAAAGUCUGAUGCAGCAUGGAUGUGGGGUCCAGCCCAGCAGACAGCUUUUGAGAAAAUCAAAGAGCUCCUCACAACAUCACCUACCUUGGUGUACUACGAUGUCAACAAGGCGACAGCGGUCUCGGCGGACGCGAGCAGUUACGGGAUAGGAGGCGUCCUGUUACAGCUCCAUGGCGCAGAGUGGAGACCUGUGGCAUACUGCUCAAGACGACUGACCGAGGCUGAGACUCGGUACGCUCAAAUCGAAAAAGAGUGCCUUGCGAGCGUGUGGGCAUGUGAGCGUUUUCAGAUGUACCUCUAUGGCCUAUCGUCUUUCAAACUCAUCACAGAUCACAAACCGCUUGUCCCUCUCAUGAACUCUCGAGACCUCGAUAACGUGCCCCUCCGCUGUCAGAGACUCCUUAUGCGGUUAAUGAGAUUCAACCCAGUGGCGGAGCACAUGCCGGGGAAGACUUUAGUUGUAGCAGACCUCCUUUCUAGGAGCCCACAGACAGAGACAGGACCCGGCCCAACCAGCCCUGCCGACAUUGAGUGCUACGUUGCAGCGGUGAUGAGCAGCAUCCCCGCAUCAACCAGGAGAAUGGACAGCAUCCGGACUGAGACAGCAGCUGACAGGCAGCUCCAACUGGUUAUCAGGUCCUCGCCACACAGCAGUACGGGUGUCAGCCCCGCAGAGCUGCUCAUGGGCAGAAAAAUCAGGACGACACUGCCCACCCUGAACAAGAACUUGCAACCGAAGUGGCCGAAUAGAGAGCAAGUCAGAGCACGGGACACUGUGGAGAAGAGCAAACAGGCAUUCUACUUCAACAGACAUCAUGGGGUGAGACCACUCGCACCACUGCAGCAAGGCGACCAUGUCCUCACCAGACUGGAUAACGACAAGACAUGGGCCACACCGGCUGUAGUGGCUGGUGAGAGUACUACGCAGAGGUCUUAUCUCGUCGAGACUGGGCAGGGGACUCUGUACAGGCGAAACCGUCGCCAUCUGCAAGCGGUGCCCACUGCUGGGGCUCCGGUGAGGGGCAACACAAACUUUGAAACAGAUACACCAGACACUCAGGCAGGCCCGACCUUGGGAUCCCCUGGUCCUGGGGUGAACUCUGAUGGACAGUUCCAGACCCGGUCAGGUAGACUAGUGAAACCUGUCCAGAGACUUGACCUGUGAGGGGACUGUUUAUUUGAAUCGUUUCGUUAAAA